AUUUGCGAUGAAGUUAUGGUAGAGUGCUUUGAGAAGACAAAGAAGCCUGUCAAAAUCUGUCACCAAACUGUUAUAAACCAUGCCAAUGGGAAGCGCAGUGCACACGAUUUCAAUGCAGGGAAGAAAUGGCUUUUACCGGAGGAGGAGGAGCAGGUCAUUGCAUUUGCUAUUGACACAGCUAAGCGUGGUUUCCCUCUGAAUCAUCGCCGCCUCAAGGAGCACGUUGACGAGAUCUGCCAUGCACGUGAAAUUCCUGGAUUCCCCAUUGAUGGCGUAGGACAGAACUGGACUCAGCGCUUUGUGGACAAUCAUUCCGAUCAUCUC